GAAAAUACUUUCUGCACCUGAUGUUCCAGCUCCGUGGGGAAUAAUGGGAAGAUUGAAGAUUCUUCGGAUCUCCAUCGAGUUUCUCGAGGCUGUUGAGGGGUGCAGUACCGGAUGCACGGAAGGUGGGCCGUCCAAGAUGCCGACGGAGCCGGGCCUUCUUCUUUCCAACCCGAGGCGAGAUGGGAGUCGUCUGCCACUCUGCCAAGUCGUCCGAGAGGUGCCCCCCGCCCCCAAACAUGCCAACGGCCUCAGAGACCGCAGCAGUCCGUGUCCGUCUCGUGCGCGGGCUCGCUCCCUCUUGCCCUCUCGGUCCCGGCCCCCUCUGUCGAACCCCCCCACGGGGGGGCGGCCUCCGGUGUGUCCCCCAAAGAAUCUCGGGGACGCCGAAAGAACCUCCGCCGCGGUCACGUGCACCCAAAGGAGUCCGAGCCGUUUCGGCCCCCGUGAGAAGGAAACCCGUCUUUACGGACGACGUCGCCGAGAGAAGCCCACGGAGGGAGCCGGCGCGGGAUGCCGAGACGACCCUCCCACCCGGGCCAGAACGCAAAGUCGCCCAGAGGGCGGCCAUCUCGGGACCAAAGUCGACAAGUGUAGGCGGCCGUGCCGUCGACAGUCCCCAAAAGGGAAGCGAGAGACAUCGGAGGCUCUGUCGAAGCCAGGUGGCGGGAGUCUGGAGGAGUCCCUCGCCUCUCCCAGCUCCCGGGUGUGGAUUCUUUUCCCCUUGUAGGCCAGGAUGCUCCUCACCUCGCUCCCCUCGCCUGAAAGCGGGUCUUCCCCACCUGGGGGUUUCUGAGUCCAAAGGAUCCAUCCCCCUUGGGGAACUCAGCCGACAGAACCUCCGGCCCUGGAACUCGACGGAUCACUCGCCCCCACUCCCACCCGGGGAGCUCCCUGGAGCCCGUGGGGGCCGGAAAGGGGUCUCUUCUGUCGACCGUCGUCUCGGCCUUCUCCAGAGAGCCCGAGAGCGCGCCUCGCCCGAGGAAGCGCUCCAGCGGGACAAUCGCACGAAGGAAAGAUGGUGAACGGGGAGCAUUUCCUCUCCGCCGCUGUCUCCCGAAGUCACGGUGGCCAAGCGAAUCUCAGCACUCGUCUCGGAGGCCCGAGCCCCGAGAAAGAGCACCGAUCUCUGGGCCCGAUAAAGAAGUCGGUAAGGAAAUCGUCACUUUGUCCCGUGAAUCUUUCUGCCCAGACCCCAAGUGGGAGACUUUUUUCUUUUGGGAGGGAGUUCCUCUGGGACCGUUUUGGCCCUACCUAUCCCCCCGAUCCCGUGUCUGGGGAAGGAACCUCCCCCAAGGCAUGAGACGCAUCCUCUCCCAAGCCCGAUCGUCGGGCUCCUCCGGACAGCGGUCGACCCUCAAGGGAUGGGGUUCGUCGGGGUCGCCGGAAGCAAACCCGGUCCUCGCAGUGACCUUCAGGAAAACGGUCCGAUCUCCGGCGGGUCUCUCCCCCGUCUCUCCCACGGGGCCCUCGGGCCAGUCCAGGGCCUCCGUCUCAGCGUCGGGCCAGAGAUCCCGUCGGGGAAGACAUGGCCGAUCAAGUCCCACGGUGCGUUUCCCAAAGGGGUCGACUCGGGAAUCGGCUCCCGGGCCUCCUCGCGCCGGCAACGUGCCUUUCUCGAAAAUCGGGUCCCCUAGGCCUCUCGGCGGGGAUGGGGUCCCUUUGGCACCGGCACGGUGAGAGAGCGAAAGAGAGGCGCGGGUGGAUAGCGGGAGGUUGGAGACGAAAGAGGUCUGGGCCGUGCCCUGAGUUAUUUGGAUCGUUUCAAUGGGGCCCGGGGCGGUCCUCUCAGAAGAAACGGGAUUCUCGGUUGGAGUUGGAGCUUUGCUCACGUCAGGCGUCGACUCCCACGUCCCUCGUACGCGCGUGGUCAAUCCCAGGACCCACCUUCACAGAAUCCGCCGACCGUCGGCCGGCUCGCGGCGAGUCGGCUUGUUCUCUCCCCUCGGCGCCCUCCCCCUACGGGAGGGAUGCCCGUUCGACCGGGCACGUCCGGUCCCCACGAGCC